UUGACGACAGUGAGUGGCUGAGCUGGGUCUAUAAAAGGAAGAGCGAGAGGGAAGCGCCAACUCACCUCCACCUCCUGAAGACCCAGGUGCAGGUAUUUUGCUUUUCGUCAAGAAAAUGUUUGCGUUGGUGAUUUGCAUCCUGGCGCUGCAUCAAGUGCAGUCUGCCUGCGUUGUGGUGAACAUUUGCCCAGAAAACCCAACGGUUCAGGCAGAGAUCGUUGACAAGCACAAUGCCUUCAGGAGAGCAGUUCAGCCUACAGCUUCAGACAUGCUGAUGAUGAAUUAUAGUGAGGAGGUAGCAGUUAGUGCUCAGGCCUGGGUUGACAAAUGUAUUCUGGCUCAUGGAGCACCCAGCACCCGCAUGCUAAAUGGAUAUGAAUUAGGUGAGAAUCUGUUCUAUUCAUCCUCACCCUACUCAUGGACAGACAUCAUCAGUGCCUGGCACAGCGAGGUGUCACACUACCUGUAUCCCAAUGGAUCCACCAAUGGCCAAUCUAUCGGUCACUACACACAGGUGGUGUGGAACAGCUCCUACAGAGUCGGCUGUGGAGUGACGCUGUGUCCUAACAACAUCUAUUUCUAUGGCUGCCACUAUUAUCGAGCAGGAAACUUCAGGAGCUGGCCACCAUAUAAGGCUGGACCCCCAUGUGCUUCCUGUCCCAAUGCCUGUGAAGAUAAACUCUGCACCAACCCUUGUCCUUACAUAAACAAGUUCAUCAACUGUCCAAACUUGAAAGACAUAUAUGGAUGCAAAAAUAAGCUGGUGUAUGACUGGUGUCCUGCUGCAUGCAAAUGCAGCAAUGAAAUCAUUGCAGUGGCGUAAAGAGAAACACUCCAGUCUGCAAACUUCACCUUUUUUUGGCUCUGUGAAAUAUGAUAAUUCCAUGUAAGCUUUUAAUAAUAUGUCUAAAAAAAUUUUGAAUUGAGUUUCUUAAAUUAAAGGGAUGUUUUGGAAUCAUUAUAUAAAUUUCAAUUACAUUUACAGAGGGAGUAAAAAUACACAUAUUUUAUAAGACACAUUAUAAUUGAAAGAAAAAAUGUUUCGCCAUACAUGUAUAUAUCUAUUUUCGACAUUAAAACUUUAAUCAAUA